AUGAAAAAGAAAUUAAAUAUUCCUCUUAGGAACAUUUAGCCUGACACGUAUCUCUUGAUCUUAUCUAAUAGAGUGCCCUUUACUGACGGAGAUGGCUUGAAACAUUGGAGGAGCUUUCGUAAUGCCAUCAACACCAUUAGGUUACUGCAGAAUCCUAAAACGAAGAGAUUGAACUCUCCAGUAAUUUGUAUAUUUUAACCCAAGGACGAACUAACCAUCAGUGGAUACAGACCUGAAGUAUAAACAAAACAAAGAUCAGAUAGCAGUCGCAACUUCAACGAAGCCUUAAAAAAUAUUCAAAUGUAAUAACUUCUAUUCUCACUCAUUGAAAAAGGCUUCCCACCCAAUAUAAUAGAAGAAAUAUUAAAUAAGGAUCCGAAAAAGUAUGUCUAUUCCAUCUAUGAAGAUAUUUCUAUGACCAAAAAAGCCAACACAGUUUAGUUAACAAAAAAAAUUAGAGAGGCUUAACACCCUUGUAUGUAGCUGCCAAAUUGGGUCAUCUAGAAAUAUGUAAAAUUUUGAUCGAAAAAGGAGCCAACCCAUAAAUAUCUGUUACUAUCAAUGGGAUUGAAGAAACCCCAUUGGAAGUUGCUUAAAGAUGGAGGCAUUUGAAAAUAGCUCACUUUUUAUAACAAUAAAAUUGA